AUGCUGACGCAGUCUGACGAAUACACUGGUGGUGAUGUUCUGCGUGUUGGUAAUGGCGCAGAAUUGACAGCUCAAGACACAACUACACCGGUACCACCGGCUUUGCCUUGGGCAGCUGGCCCGGUUGUAUCACACCAGCCUUCCACGGUCGUCAUCGACUCAGGUUUUCAAAGGCCGCCGAGUCCAAUACCCUUGGCACAGGAAGCAACCCCCUUGGCUUUUGAAGCGCCUGUUAAGGCCGUGGCUCGCAGAAAGCGGGCUGCAGGGCUGAGCCUCAAGAUCGAGGGUUUUUCAUCAUCAAAGACGGAUGUUUCCCUCUUUCAUUACUCCGCUGCUAACUCACGUGUAUACUUACUAGUAUACGUCGAUGAUAUUAUUAUGAUGGGCAAUGAUCCAUCACUCAUCACUUCUCUGCUGCAUCGCCUUUCGUCGACGUUCAAGAUCCGAGAUCUUGGAACACCCGGGUUCUUCCUUGGAAUUGAAACUGUCAAGACUGACAUUGGUCUCAUGCUGUCCCAACGCAGGUACAUGAAAGACAUUCUGAGUCGAGCUGGUAUGACUGAAUGUAAACCACUAACCACUCCGGCUGCAGUUACUCCACCUGUCUCGUCUACUGCUGAACUACAUGACAACCCAACUCAAUAUCGUCAUGUGGUUGGAGCUUUGCAAUACUUAACUAUCACACGGCCAGACUUAUCAUAUGCUGUGAACCGGCUAUGUCAAUUUAUGCACACGCCAACAGCUGAUCAUUGGGGGUUGGUUAAGAGGGUACUACAGUAUAUCAAGGGUACUCUUGACUACGUCUUGCAGCUCACGGUCUCCGAGACUUCUGCUCUACAUGCAUACUCCGACUCGGAUUGGGCAAGUUGUCCGCUCGACAGGAAGAGCAUUGGUGGCUACGUGGUGUUUUUAGGUUCCAAUCUGAUCUCAUGGCUCUCCAGGAAGCAGCGCACAGUGGCCCGUUCUUCGACUGAAGCUGAGUACAAGGCCCUCGCUGAUGUGGCAGCCGAGGUUGCUUCUAUUGUGUCGUUACUCCGGGAGCUGGGACUACACACUGGUGUUCCGCCGACGCUCUGGUGUGAUAAUCUAGGAGCAACCUACACGUGUGCGAAUCCAGUUUUUCACGCUAGGACGAAACAUGCGGAGAUAGAUUUUCAUUUCGUCCGCGACAAGUGUGAAGGGGAAAAGCCUAAGUCUGAUAGCAUCUUGAGUGACUCCAUUCAUCUUGAAGGUGCUACAAAGUCGUAG